GCUCCGGCCAACUCUUCAUCUCAUGCCGCCUAACUUCCUCCCAGCGCAUUCCUGCACUCCGCCUGCGUCCACACUGCCCUGCAGACCCGGUGCCCUGAGCCCACUGCGGCCUCCCUCGUAAGCCCCCCGGCUGGGUCUUGCCACGGUGCCAGCAAGUGGCCCUGAGCUGGGGGCAGGGGGCCUCCCUACAGGGCACGCAGCCCUGAGACCUCAGAGAGCUGCCCGUCGAGGGUGGCCAGGCCCCCGGCAGCCCACCCGAGUGCCACCUACGCCCUCGGUCCUGCCGGCCUCUGGUACUGCAGGCGCCCCAGAUGCCUGGCUGAGACCCAGCAGUGGUCCCAGCUGCCCGCGCCUCCCCCUGUCCCCCAAAGUUGGCACCGCCGCGGACGACUCCUUGGGCACCAGGCAGCUAACGGACACAGCCACCAGCCCGAGGAGCAUGGGCAGCGCCAGCCCGGGCCUGAGCCCCGGGCCGCCCGGCCGCCUCCUGCUGCCCCCGGACAGCGCGCUGCGAGCAGGCCUGGAGAAGGUGGCCGCGGCAGGGACGGGGCCCGAGCGGCGGGACUGGAGCCCCAGCCCGCCUGCCACCCCUGAGCAGGGCCUGCCCACCUUCUACCUCUCCUACUUUGACAUGCUGUACCCUGAGGACAGCAGCUGGGCGGCCAAGGGCCCUGGGGCCAGCACGCGGGCGGAGCCGCCCGACGAGCCCGAGCAGUGCCCGGUCAUCGACAGCCAAGCCCCGGGGGGCAGCCUUGACCUGGCCCCGGGCGGGCUAACCCUGGAGGAGCACUCGCUGGAGCAGGUGCAGUCCAUGGUGGUGGGCGAGGUGCUCAAGGACAUCGAGACGGCCUGCAAGCUGCUAAACAUCACGGCAGACCCUGUGGACUGGAGCCCUGGCAAUGUGCAGAAGUGGCUGCUGUGGACGGAACACCAGUACCGGCUGCCUCCCGUGGGCAAGGCCUUCCAGGAGCUGGGGGGCAAGGAGCUGUGUGCCAUGUCCGAGGAGCAGUUCCGCCAGCGCUCACCCCUUGGCGGGGACGUGCUGCACGCCCAUCUGGACAUCUGGAAAUCAGCUGCCUGGAUGAAAGAGAGGACGUCCCCGGGGGCGAUUCACUUCUGCGCCUCGACCAGCGAGGAGAGCUGGACGGACAGCGAGGUGGACUCGUCCUGCUCCGGGCAGCCCAUCCACCUCUGGCAGUUUCUCAAGGAGCUUCUGCUGAAGCCGCACAGCUACGGCCGCUUCAUCCGGUGGCUCAACAAGGAGAAGGGCAUCUUCAAAAUCGAGGACUCCGCGCAGGUGGCCCGGCUGUGGGGCAUCCGCAAGAACCGCCCCGCCAUGAACUACGACAAGCUGAGCCGCUCCAUCCGCCAGUAUUACAAGAAGGGCAUCAUCCGCAAGCCCGACAUCUCCCAGCGCCUGGUCUACCAGUUCGUGCACCCCAUCUGAGCGCCGGGUCCCAGGCCUGAAACGUGCCCUCGCCAGACCUCCCUCCUGCCUGCCCUGCUUCGGCCAGACCCAGAGCUGGGACAGAGGGCAGUCUGUGGCAUCCAGAGUUCAAGGUCAGGGAGGGGAUGGCCCACUGUUCCCAGAGAUGUCAGUGAGCUCUCUGGGAAGAGAGCCCCAGGGUCGGGCGGUGCUUCCCGCUUGGGCCUGACUGCUCCACGGCCAGUCCACUGGAGGAUGGAGGGAGGCAGGGCUGUCCUCGGUGCUCAUGGCUCCCCAGGGAAGGGCCCUGCACUCUGUUGCAGCCUCUGACCCGAGACGUUCCAGAGCAGAGCCGACAGAAUGGCAGUGACUUGCCCAAGGCCACUUGCCCUCCAGUGCCCUCUGUUGCCUGUCCAGCACUUCGCCUGGUGUGGUGCCAGGAGACAUCUGGACCCCCGAGUUGGGAAGCCAGGGGUGCCCUGGGGAUGGAUAAUAAAGAUCCUAGGGAACUGG